UUCCUAUACUCCUUCACUGCACUUACUCUUCAAUUACUUAGAAAAUCUUCAACUACAACAUGUCAAUCAUAGUCUGCCCCGUAUCCGACACCGAGCUCCACCGAGCCUGCAUGAUCGAAGCUGCCGCCUACGCCGACAACGACCUCAACCCAAUUCUCUUCCCCGGCCCAUUCCCUCCAGACUCGCAGCAAAAGCGUGUAGACCAGUUGAUCCAGAUGCGCAAAGAAGACCCCACUGCGACAUAUUUGCAAGCCAUCGACCAGGCAUCAGGACGCAUGAUUGCUUCUGCGAAGUGGCACAUCUACAGAACGCCUGAGGAAACUGAGAUACCGAUUAGGAAAUUGAAGUUUGGUCCUGGCACGAAUCCGGAGGCGUGUAAGAAAUUCUUUGGUGGGAUGAUGGAGAGGAAGAAGGAGAUUGUGGGGAGUCGACCGCAUCUCUACCUUCACAUGCUACACACGGACCCAGAGUAUCAAAGACGGGGUGCUGGCAGUGCACUGAUGGAAUGGGGAAAACAGAAGGCGGACGAGCUUGAUUUACCCAUAUACCUUGAGUCCAGCACCAAAGGAUAUGGGUUCUAUCAGAAGCAUGGUUUCAAAGAUGUCGAGGUGUUGGAUAUCGACUUCAGCGACUAUGGUGGUGGGGUGCACAAGCAGCCUCUGAUGACCCGGGAGGCAUCCACGUCACGAUGAGCGGCAGAUCUUUGAUGAAAUCUUAAUUCUUAUCUUGUGCUACCUUGUCCGAUGGACGGAUAAAUUUGAUAGGUUUGCCAUAGUCUUUGCACUAAACUGUCGCGGUUAGUUGCGCUUGGAGAUUAGUCGUAGAUGAAAUUUGGUAGAUCAGUGUUGUCGGCC